UGGUCGGAGGCAAGUUUCAGGGAAAAUGGGGAGAGGGAAAAUUGAAAUUAAGAAGAUAGAGAAUUUGAAUAAUAGGCAGGUCACCUUCUCCAAGCGACGUAAUGGAUUGCUCAAGAAGGCCAAGGAGUUGUCCGUUCUGUGUGAUGCAGAGGUUGCUGUCAUCAUUUUCUCCAGCACCGGCAAGCUUUAUGAGUUUUCCAACACAAGCAUGGAGCACACCCUUUCAAGGUACACUAAAGGAGUGGAAUUGGAUUUUACAGAGCAACCUUGUGAGGUGCCACCGGCUGAGGAGACAGAGUCUGAUGCAGACCUUCUAAGGGAUGAAAUAAGAAAGCUUCGUUUAGCAUACUUAAGAAUGAUGGGGAAGGAGCUUGAUGGAUUGAAAUUUAAAGAGCUGCAGAAGUUGGAAAAUCAACUGAGUGAAGGGAUACUAUCUGUUAAAGAAAAGAAGGAACAAUUACUUCUAGAUCAACUAGGGAGGUCAAGAUUACAGGAGCAACAAGCCAUGCUGGAGAAUGAAGCCCUGCGCAAACAAAUUGAGGAGAUGCAGAAUAAAUCAAACACAACACACUUUGUUUAUUUCAAUACCUUAGACAGCGGGUUCUGCAUCAACGAUGGUUCCAACCCCAUUUUCCAUUGUGCCUCCCAUGAAAGAGAAGACCUUUCUGACACUUCAUUGCAGUUAGGGUUGUCAACAGAAUUUGGUCGGAAGAGGAAAGCACCGAAAGUAGAAGCCGGCAACGACUCAGCCGCCAGUCAACUGGCCUCUGCAUCCCAAAACAUUCCCUAGU